UUUUUUAACUGAUAAAUAAAAGAAAAGUCCUUAACAGCUGACAUAUCUCAGUCACUUUGUCUCAUACUACCCUCCUCUAUAAAACAGCCACCCAACCGUCUCUUCCAAUUAAACGCUACUUAACGAAACACACACUGUCCUUCUGCUUCUCCCUCUAUCUGCGCUUCUCUCUGAAAUGGAUAAACCUAUAACAGACCCGUGGCGACCGGACCUGGCUCUUUUCCGGCCACCGGAAACUCCGCGAGAGCCCAUGGAAUUCCUGUCGCGUUCAUGGAGUAUCUCAGCCAUAGAGGUCUCUAAAGCUCUGGCUCCGCCGCAAAUGGUUCUUUCUAAAACCAUGAGCGGCAGUGCUGGUGGUAUUAUACAGGAAGACAUUGCUGGAGAGAUAGAAGAGAGUGCUACGGUUUCCGGAAACCCAUUUUCUUUUGCUUCCUCUGAAACUUCUCAGAUGGUCAUGGAAAGAAUCAUGUCACAGUCGCAGGAGGUAUCCCCACGUACUUCCGGUAGGCUCUCACACAGCAGUGGCCCUCUCAAUGGUUCUUUAACGGAUAGCCCUCCUGUUUCCCCUUCCGAGAUCGACGAUGCCAAGUAUUGCCGUCCAAAUAACAACGUUAAUACCCAAUUCCGUACUCCAUCCGCCACGCCUGGUGCCCCUAUUUCUGCUGCUGGAGGCGGUGGUGGUAAAACUGUUGGUAGGUGGUUGAAGGAUAGGAGGGAGAAGAAAAAGGAGGAAACCAGAGCACACAAUGCCCAGCUUCACGCUGCCAUUUCUGUUGCUGGCGUAGCUGCAGCAGUUGCUGCCAUAGCUGCUGCCACUGCCGCUUCCUCUGGGAAUGGGAAAGAUGAGCAAAUGGCAAAAACAGACAUGGCUGUGGCGUCUGCUGCAACACUGGUCGCAGCUCAAUGUGUGGAGGCUGCAGAAGCCAUGGGAGCUGAACGGGAGCAUCUGGCUUCUGUUGUUAGCUCUGCUGUAAAUGUGCGCUCUCCCGGGGAUAUCAUGACAUUAACAGCCGCUGCAGCAACUGCCUUACGUGGGGCAGCAACCUUGAAGGCAAGGGCAUUGAAGGAGGUGUGGAACAUAGCAGCAGUUAUUCCUGUGGACAAAGGAUUAGGUGCAGGUGGUGGAAAUGGUAGCAAUGGUAGUUCUAAUGGUAGUUAUAGUGGCGAGCUUCUGCCUGAAGAGAAUUUCCUAGGCAUCUGCAGUAGGGAAUUGCUAGCUAGAGGUUGUGAGCUCCUCAAGCGCACACGCAAAGGUGAUCUUCACUGGAAAAUAGUGUCUGUUUAUGUCAACAGAAUGAAUCAGGUUAUGUUGAAGAUGAAGAGUAGGCAUGUUGCUGGGACCAUAACAAAAAAGAAAAAGAAUGUGGUGUUGGAGGUGAUUAAAGAUAUUCCUGCCUGGCCAGGCCGCCACUUGCUCCAGGGGGGUGAAAAUCGGCGAUAUUUCGGAUUGAAGACUGUAUUGAGAGGUGUUGUUGAGUUCGAGUGCUUGAACCAGAGAGAAUAUGAUAUGUGGACUCAGGGUGUCUCUAGGCUUCUUGCUAUAGCAGAAGAGAAGAGCAAUAGGCAUAGAUAUUAACAGUAUUGAUACAAAAGAGCAAAGCUUUGACCAAUGGAAAUGGGAAACUGGGGAUCAAAUAGAAUAUAUGGCCCUAUUGAACAUUAUAAAUGGUUUCAAAAUUGAGGUGGGCUAUAUAUCUAUAUAUAUUUUUUUUUUGGUUUUCCUAUAUUUUGUAAAGUUGGAAGAAAAUCAAAGAUUUCAGUUAUGCAUAUGGGGGAAGUGUUUCUUUAUGUUGGGAGUGGGAAUAUAUUUUUAGGGACUUUUGUUUUUGUUUUUGUUUUUGAACUGGAAAAGUAAAAGUGUUUUGAAUCAAAAACAAGCAAAGCAGUAAGCAUGUGAACAAAGUAUUUGUUUUCUUUCACUGAACAGGAAAUGAAAGGAGUAUCUUGGACUGAGAUGGUCAAAAAGGGUUCAAAAGAGCCCAUUUUGAUGACGUGAGAUUAAAUUUUAGAUGGUAAAGCCA